AGGGUGUUUGUUCUUUUUUUUUACAUAUUAGAAAUGUAUAACACUAUUUUACUUACUUAAGGUACCCGUGGUGUUUACUAUGAGCUAUUACCAAACGGAAGGGUCAAAAACAACUGAAACGAACCCUAGAUAUGUGUGUAAGAAGUGUGUCGACAAGUCCCGUUCAUACAACAGCCAAAGUGAAUGCAAGAGACAUAUACAAACAUUUCACUACGGGUUCAUGUACCAAUGUACUGGAUGCAAGAAAGUUUAUACAAGGAAAAUAAAAAGAAAACACAACUGUUCAAGUAAAAGUAGAUAUGUCCUUAUUCACAAAGAGUCUGGACUAAUAGAGACCAGUGCCGUUCAAAAAAGAAAAUACCUUGACGAUCAAAUUAAUAAUGAUAUUCAAAAAGAGUUUAAUUCAUUGCCAUUGCAACUGCCUUCUCGUGACCUGGAAUCCAUAACAGGGGUAAGCAAUUAUAAACAUUAUAAGAUAAUGAACAUAUACCAUCCAUAUAGACUGAAUCAUAUUAAACCUCAACUACAACAAAUCCAAAAGGGGGCAAAUCCAGGUUUAGAUUUGGAUUUUGUUCCUGAUCCAUCGGAAAUCAUAAUCAGUCAACCGCUUGCAUUUGAUGAGAAUGAAGUUGAACCCGGGUAUUUUAGCGAUAUUCUAACCACGUCAAAUGAACUAAGCCAGGUGAUUACUGAAAAUUCUCUUGUACAAAAUAUUCAACUUCAAGGAGGCAGCGACUCCGGUUUAAAGCACAAAGAUCAGUUUGCAUUUGAUGACAAUGAAGUUGAACCCGCGUCUUUUAUUGAUAUUCUAACCACGUCAAGUGAACUAACCCAGGUUAUUACUGAAUAUUCUCCUGAACAAAAUAUCCAACUUCUAGGAGGCAGUGAUUGUGGUUUAAAGUACGAAGAUAAGUUUGCAUUUGAUGACAAUGAAGUUGAACCUGAGUCACCUAGCGAUAUUCUAAACACGUCAAAUGAACUAAGCCAGGCUAUUACUGAAUAUUCUCCUAAACAAAAUAACCAACUUCAAGGAGACAUUGAUUGCGGUUUAAAGUACGAAGAUGAGCUUGAAAAAAUGGUUGGAAAGGAAACAGAAAUUAUAAACCAUAAUUUGGUACAAACUUAACAUUGGCAGGCCGAUAGUAUUAUUCUAUGCGUAGGAGGAAAUCCUUUCGUCAUCAGAAAGUCAACAUUAAUGAAAGGACCGAAGUCCUUUAUUUCUAAACUGUGCAAACUAAAUGUUACCCCAAAAUCACAAAUAUUUAUAGACAGAGACCCGUCACACUUCAAAUUCAUUCUGAAUUUUCUAAUGUACGAUUGCGUGAUGCCCAUUGGCUGUCUUCCAAAUGAUUUGCAAGUUUUAAAUGAAUUGAGAGAAGAGGCUAUUUAUUUUUGUCUACCCAAACUUGAAGAUGACAUACAAAGAAAAAUCGAAAUUAUGGAAGCAUUUUAAUCGUUUCUUGAUUUUAAAUGACAUUUCAAUAAACUCAGUAUUUGCUUGAAAAUGAUUAGCUGCUUUCUUAACCGAAACAGACAUCUACAUCAAAAUGUAAAGGUGAUGCAAGAACGGGAAAUAAAGAAUUUAGAAAAACCUAAACCAAAUACAUGAAUAAUCUAAAAAUAGUUUUCCCGUUUGUCGUACGUCAACGCGUAAGAAUUACGACGUUAUUCAGACAAUUUGUUGGACGAACAGAGUUAUUCUUACUACGCAUGUGAUAAACGAAGUUAUUCAGACAACGUGGUCGAUAAAUGCAGCUGACAACGUUUAUGAUAAAUGAAGCUUACAUCGCGUGCUAUAAAGGAAGUUAUUCAGACAACGUGAUCGCUAAAUGCAGCUGACAACGUUAAUGAUAAAUGAGGCUUACAACGCGUGUGAUAAAGGAAGUUAUUCAGACACCUUGGUCGAUAAAUGCAGCUGACAACAUUUAUGAUGAAUGAGGCUUACAACGCGUGUGAUUAAGGAGGUUAUUCAAACAUAGUGUAGGGGCGUCCUUGGCCGAGUGAUUAAGGUCUUUGACUUCAAACCACUUUCCCCUCACCGCUGUGAGUUCGAGUCCCGAAAGGGACUUUGGAUUCACUCAUGUGAGGAAUGUAUCCAACUAGCUUACGGAACGUAGGUGGUUCUACUCGGGUACCCGUUCGUGCCUGAAAUAAUGCACGGAAGGGCACCUGAGGUCUUCCUCCACCAGUAAAGCUGGAACGUCGCGAUAUGACCUAUACAAUGUCGAUGUGACGUAAAACCCAAAACAAACAACAGACAAAGUGUACGAUAAAUGAUAUUGGCAACGCGUGAAGUUAUUUUGACAUCGCGUGUGAUAAACAAAGCAAUUUUGUUAUUAACAAAUAUUGUAUCAUAGUUUUGGGAUCUUUAUGUUGCAAAUGAGUGAAAUCGUAUUAAUUUUUGUAUUUCGAAUUAAAAAUAUUCCUAGAGG